UCAGCUGAACGCCAGCCUGAACACACAGAACGCAAGAGUCAGGACUUAGAGAGAGAGAGAGAGAGAGAGAGAGAGAGAGAGAGAGAGAGAGAGAAAGAGGGAGGGAGAGAAGGAGUUGCAAGAGACACGAAUCCUCCAGCAAGCCUUUAUUCUCUCAGUCUCCUCAGCCAUCCUCUCUGUUUCGCGUCCCUGAUAUGACCCUGUUCAAGAGUGAACACCGCAGCCCGCGAUAUAUGAGCAUGAGUGGAGAGUUGAAGUCCAGCCGUUCCAGGGCAGCGAGUAAGAGAGCCAGCAGCACCUCUUAUGGAUCUGAGUUUGACCUGGACUAUGACAGCUAUCAGGAGGACUACUACGACAGGGUGUAUGACUACCAGCGUGUACCAGCAUCCCUGCCUUCUCUGCCCCAGGGACCCAGUUUGGCCAAGCGAUCCCGUUCCUCCUCUUACUCCUCCGGGCACAGACGCAGUCGAGACAGAACUCACUCCAAAAGCUCCAGAGCACACUCCACUAGUUCCACCACAGCCAAGUUGGGCAUGGAGGAGCUGCAGGUGAUUAAGCGGGAGCUGACUCUGAUAAAGACACAGAUCGAUGGACUGCUUGACAGCCUUGACAGGAUGGACACACAGAGAAAUGACCAGAAAGGCUCUCCCCUGAGGGAGGACAGUCCAGCUGGCUCUCCGUACGCUCUCUCAGCCAGCAGCCCUGAGCAUUCGUUCUCCUCCCUCUCUCCAACUAGCUCCCGCCAUCGAAUCCAGCGGGAGAGUCCUGAACUGAGGGAGGCCACUGAUGACGACCAUCACACGAUGAGCAACCACAGCUCUGACCUUGAGGAGGAAAUGUGAGGAUGGAAAAAGUGAAAACGGACGAGAAGAUAUGGAUCGCGUGCCAAACAUAGAGGAAGAGAACAACAGCCACCUUUCCAGCCCAACACCCACAUUGGAGGCUCCAUUCCAUCCAAUACAGUGUCAUAUCGUGUAACACAAUACAUGCAGCUGUAUCACAGCAUCUCAAUUUCCGUGACCAGCCUUCCAAGCAAAACAGAAACGUCGCCUCACAUUUUAUUUUUCUUAACAGACUUCGUCUUUCCUCCUCAGUUCUCAUCUCCCUCUCCACCCUUUCUUAUUUCCUCCUGUUUGAUGAAAUAAGAAAUGUAGGAGGGCAUGUGUGCACCAUACAGCUGAUUGAGAGAAAAAAAAAAAUGCUCUUACCUAUCUGCCUGAUACACGCACACACACACACACACACACACACACAAACACACACACACACACACACACAUACAGAGGCACCGAUAUUAUCUACAGAGUAAUUAUAAAUGACAGCUGGAGGCUGGGAGGUGAAAUUCAUUUUUCAUAAGCCUACCCUAGCAAGCAUGUAUACCCUUGAGUAUGUCUGCCUGCACACCAGUAUUCCAGUAUAAUCUCAAAUCAGACAGUUCUUUUAGUUAAAAAAACAACAACUCAUUAAUACUUUUUUAAUGCGUAGGCAUGUUCUGAAAAAGGGCAGCAUAUGCCAAUAUUAGAUUUAUUAACCACAACAGUCUGCAACAUAUCUUGCAGGAAAGUGACUGCAAAGCUAUAAAACCUGGGAGGGCAAUUAAUGCAUUUUCGGUGCUGUUUCAAUACAGUGAGUAAAUUUACAUCCCUGCCUAUAUAAUUAUAUGCAAAGGAUCAGACUAUGCAUAUACUGUACAGAAACAGAAAUAUUAAUUGAGUAUGGGGUUUUGUAAACCAUGUAAACUUGGAAUAGUACUGUAAUAUUCAAAAUAAGGGUGUAACUGGAAUAUUGUGGUUAUACACUGUGAAGGUUGUGAAUGAAGAGAGCUUAUGUGGAUUUCAUAAAGCAGACUAGCUUGUGAAAGAUGAAAUAUCCUAUAUAGAGCUUUUCAACAAUACUCAGCUCUUGAUUUUAUUUCUGCCUGCCUUUUGGAUAUCAGGAUAUUGAUUCAUCUUUUUAAAAUCACAUGAAGGCUUGAGAGAUUUGACAAAGUCAACCAUCAAUGAAUGAGGUUAUUUUCUCUAUGUGUGCUCUAGUAUGCCAUUUUUCCUGACCAUGGUCCACUCAGACAAAUGUUUCAUAAAUGUUUAUAUUACUCUUUUCUCAAAUUGAAUUUCAUUUUAUUCUCUGCUUUAGACUGGAGGAAUGUUCUAUCCCCUUCACUUCCCCUAUGUAUGUGGCACUUUAAAACAUGAAGAGGCCCGGGUCAGUGUGUAAUAUUGUGUAUUAUUGUAAACUUUCCUGUAAUUGCUGUCUGAUUUUAAUCUUGCACUUUGCUUUAGGAUUCUCAUUUGUUCUUUUUUUAAAAGAGGAAAACAAUGAUGUUAUUAUUCUAUUGGUGUUAGAUGUUUUUGUUUGCAUUCUUAUGACCAGCCAAGUGGAAACACUCAAUGUCACAGUAGUAAAAGUAUUUUCAUAUUGACUACUAAUGAAUGGUGUUUUUUUGUUUGUUUGUUUUUGUUGUGACACUGAGAGAGCAAGACAGAGUGAGAGAGACACUCCCUGAUAUUAACAAAAAAAACUAGGAACCAUUUGUAAAUACUAAAGUCAUCUUUUUUGAAAAUGUUUUACUUUGCAAUGAUUAAACCCCUCAUACAAUCUGUA